AUGAAUGAGAAAAUACUUAAUCUGCAUGAGUCUGUUUUAGAAGAGUACAUAAAGGAGAUAAUACCAAAGUUUGAAGAAAGGAAACAUGAGCUUAUUAUCAUGAUAACUAACAUGCCACAGAAGCACUCACUCGUAAACUGUAUCGCAGAAGAGCUGGAGAAAGAGUACACGAGAGAAAAGAUUGUGGAGCUGGAAAUAGAAGCACUGGCGUACGCUUCAAAAGACUUCUUUCUUCUGACAAACGCUCUCCUGUACCUUGAAAGAAGAUGGAACACUGAAGUCGUCAAAAAUCUUCUCCAGAGAGCAAGUAAGACUGAAGAGCAGUUUUCAGUCCUUUUUUCUUUCUUGACUGAUCCAAACGAAGAGGAUGUGGAAGGAGAGUGCGAUCUAAGCCCGAACAUAACCAUUCCAGAAGAUUUUACAGAAAUUCAGAAAGUGUACGAGAUACUCCACAGUCUUCGAGACAAGAACAUCAUAUCUUCCAUACGAGACUCAUUCACUGCGUACAAGAUCAUAACUGCCUAUGGGCCCAAUGUGGUCAUGGUGACAGAAGAGCUGAACAUACUUGCGCAACUAGAGUCUGUUGCUUUUAAUGAUCUACUUGGCGGCGUGCUCCUUGGGGUUUUGUACGAGAAGAGCCAGAUACCCCACUUUUCCAACAUUCUUGUCCGGCUUCUUAGAAGGAACAAGAUAUACAUCCAGUCCGUUAUACAGCUUUUUAUCACGGCAUACAACAUAAAAGACAACAUAUGGGAAAGCAUCCAGGAGAUGAUCCCACACUUGUACGUAAGGCUUGGGAUAGAUAGAAAAAUGGCAUUCUGUCUUCUGUACACUCUCAAUCUAAAAAAUGCCAUCUUUUUAUUCGAGCUUUUUAAUGGCGAGGUUCCGCAAAUCGACGUGUUUGACAGAUGUGUGCAGGGAAGGGAGUCUAUUCCCGACGAGGAAGUUCGGAGGUGCGUGCGUGCAUCCCUGAGCAUCCCAGAUGGCGAAACCUACACGGCUGAAGACCCCUUUCUCGACACUUUGCCAGGACAGUUUACGUAUAAGCCGUCAACUAAAUACGCUGAGGUAGAGGAUAAAAUGUAUUUCUACAGCUUCUUUAUGUACAGAACCAAUCCCAGCAUUACGCACGUCAACAACGUAUCUCUUGAGUAUAAAGAUGUAAUUAAAAAUUUGACAGAAGAGGAAAUGGACACUUUUGUUCGAAUUGUUCUUUCAGCCAGAAACUCUCUUGUGCACAAAGAGCUCACUGUAAACAGGCUGUACACUAUGCGAACAAGAUAA